AUGAAACGGACCCGUGAAUAUUUGCCUCCCCCUCUCUCUCUCUCUCUCUCUCUUUCCUUCCUUCUUUCUUCCUGCUCUGCGAGCGAACCAAACCAUAUCUAUCUAUCUAUCUAUCUAUCUAUCUAUCUAUCUAUCUAUCUAUCUCAGUCUCGUUUCUAUCUAUCUAUCUAUCUAUCUAUCUAUCUAUCUAUCUAUCUCAGUCUCUUUUCUUUCUUUCUAUCUAUCUAUCUAUCUAUAUAUCUAUCUAUCUAUCUAUCUAUCUAUCUAUCUAUCUAUCUAUCUAUUUCAGUCGCUUUAUCUAUCUAUCUAUGUAUCUAUCUCAGUCGAUUAUCUAUCUAUCUAUCUAUCUAUCUAUCUAUCUAUCUAUCUAUCUAUCUAUCUCAGUCCCUUAUCUAUCUAUCUAUCUAUCUCAGUCUCUUUUCUUUCUUUCUAUCUAUCUAUCUAUCUAUCUAUCUAUCUAUCUAUCUAUCUAUUUCAGUCGCUUUAUCUAUCUAUCUAUCUAUGUAUCUAUCUCAGUCGAUUAUCUAUCUAUCAAUCUAUCUCAGUCGAUUAUCUAUCUAUCUAUCUAUCUAUCUAUCUAUCUAUCUAUCUAUCUAUCUAUCUAUCUAUCUCAGUCCCUUAUCUAUCUAUCUAUCUAUCUCAGUCUCUUUUCUUUCUAUCUAUCUAUCUAUCUAUCUAUCUAUCUAUCUAUCUAUCUAUCUAUCUAUCUAUCUAUUUCAGUCGCUUUAUCUAUCUAUCUAUCUAUCUAUGUAUCUAUCUCAGUCGAUUAUCUAUCUAUCAAUCUAUCUCAGUCGAUUAUCUAUCUAUCUAUCUAUCUAUCUAUCUAUCUAUCUAUCUCAGUCCCUUAUCUAUCUAUCUAUCUAUCUAUCUAUCUAUCUCAGUCCCUCACUCUCUCUCUCUCUCUCUCUCUCUCUCUCUCUCUCUCUAUCUAUCUAUCUAUCUAUCUACCUAUCUCUCUAUCUAUCUUACUAUUUACUUAUCUAUCUCAUUCUUAUCUAUUUUUCUAUCUUUUUUAAUGACAACCCGAAUGAAAAAGGGGCUAUUUAUCAUAUAGUCGUUCACCACUAUCAAAAAAAGAAAGAGAAAUUCUGUCCGAAAAUCACAUUUCUUCUUCUUCUUCUUCUUCUUCCUUUUCUUCUUCUUCCUCCUCCUCUUCCUUCUUCUUCUUCUUCUUCUUCUUUUUCUUCUUCUUCCUCCACCUCUUCCUUCUUCUUCUUCUUCUUCUUCUUCUUCUUCUUCUUCUUCUUCUUCUUCUUCUUCCACCUCCUCCUCUUCCUUGUUCUUCUUCUCCUUGUUCUUUUUCUUCUUCCUCUUCUUCCUCUUCUUCCUCCUCUUCCUUCUUCUUCUUCUUCUUCUUCUUCCAUCUCCUCCUCUUCCUUGUUCUUCUUCUCCUUGUUCUUACUCUUCUUCCUCCUCUUCUUCUUCUUCUUCUUCCACCUCCUCCUCUUCCUUGUUCUUCUUCUCCUUGUUCUUUUUCUUCUUCCUCUUCUUCCUCCUCUUUCUUCUUCUUCUUCUUCUUCUUCUUCUUUGUUCUUCUUCUCCGUCUUCUUUUUCUUCUUCCUCUUCUUCCUCCUCUUCCUUCUUCUUCUUCUUCUUGUCAUCCCCUUACAAUUUUUUAUUUCUUUUUAUAUAUAUUUUUGUUUUUUCUAUCGUUUUUCCUUCUUCUUCUUCUUCUUCUUCUUCUUCUUCUUCUUCUUCUUCUUCUGUCCUGUUAAUUCUUUCUUUCUUCGUCUUUAUUUUUUGUUAUUUUCCUUCUCAUUUUUCCUUCUUCAGUCUUUUCCUGUUCACACAUUUUAUUGCUUUUUCCUUUUGCCUUUUCUUCCCACAUUCUUUUUUGUCUUAAUUCUUCAUUUAUCUCUUUCCAUUCCCUUGUUCUUGUUCUUGUUCUUCUUGUUGUUCGUCUUCUUUCUUCUUCUUCUUCUUCUUCUUCUUCUUCUUCUUCUUCUUCUUGCUUCUGUUUUCAUCCAUUUUCAUGUUUUUUCUUCACGCCAUCUUUUUAAAAAUUUCAUUCUUCUUGCUUUUUUGUAUUUUCAUUUUCGAUUAUUCUUCCUUCUUCAUCAUUCUUCUUCCUUUUUCAUUUUUUUCCUACUUUUUCUUUCUCUUUUUCUCCUUUUUCAUAGUGUUUCCUUUCUUGCUUAUUCUAUCUUGUUAUUUCGUUAUGUUUUUUUUUCUUGUUUAUCUGCUUCUCCUUCUUCUCUUUCUUUGAUAUUUCCUUUUUCAUCUAGUUCAUGUUGCUUUAUUAAUUUUUUUUUCGUCGUUUAUUUUCUUUCAUCUUCUUCCAGUUCUCUCUUCCUGUUCUGCAAUUCCUUCUCUUUUUCUUUUCUUCUUUUCAUCAUUGCCAUCCUGCUUUCUUCUUCUUUUUUUCUUUUCUUUCAUCGCCAUUUUGCCAUCUUUUCUUUUUCUUCCUUCUCUUUUUUUUUUCUUUCAUCGCCAUCUUUCUUUUUCUUUUCUUCCUUCCCUUUUUCUUUUUUUUCAUCGCCAUCUUGCUUUUUUUUCUUCCUUUCUUUUCUUUUUCUUUUUUUUCUUUUCUUUUCUUUCUUCCUUCUUCCUUCUCUUUUCUUUUCUUUCUUCCCCAUCCUGCUUUCUUCCUUCUCUUUUUCUUUUCUUUCUUCCCCAUCCUGCUUUCUUCCUUCUCUUUUCUUUUUUCAUCGCCAUUUCUUCCUUCUCUUUUUAUUUUUUCUUUUCUUCUUCUCUUUUUUUCUUUUUUUUCUUUUCCCCAUCCUGCUUUUUUUCUUCCUUCUCUUUUUUUUCUUUCUUUCAUCCCAUCCUGCUUUUUCUUCCUUCUCUUUUCUUUUCUUUUCUUCCCAUCCUGCUUUCUUCCUUCUCUUUUUUCUUUUUUCUUUCAUCGCCAUCUGGCUUUCUUCCUUCUCUUUUUUUUCUUUCUUUCUUCCUUCCUUUUUCUUUUCUUUCUUCCUUCUUUCUUUUUCUUUUCUUUUCUUUCAUCCCAUCCUGCUUUCUUCCUUCUCUUUUCUUUUUUCUUUCUUCCCAUCCUGCUUCCUUCUCUUCCUUCUCUUUCUUUUUUUUUUUUCUUCCAUCCUCUUCUUUCUUCCUUCUUUUUUUUCUUUUUCUUUUCUUCUUCCCAUCCUGCUUUCUUCCUUCUCUUUUUUUUUUUCUUCUUUCUUCUUUCUUUCUUCUCUUUUUUCUUUUUCUUUUUCAUCCUGCUUUUUCUUCUUUUUCUUUUCUUUCUUCCCCAUCUUGCUUUCUUCCUUUCUUUCUUUUCUUUCUUCCCCAUCCUGCUUUCUUCCUUCUCUUUUCUUUUCUUUCAUCGCCAUCCUGCUUUCCUUCUUUUUUCUUUUCUUUCUUCCCCAUCCUGCUUUUCUUCCUUCUCUUUUUUCUUUUCUUUCUUCGCCAUCCUGCUUUUCUUCCUUCUCUUUUUUUUCUUCUUUUCUUUCUUUUUCUUUCUUUUUCUUUUUCUUUCAUCCUCCUUCUUUUUCCUUCUCUUUUUCUUUUCUUUCUUCCCCAUCCUGCUUUCUUCCUUCUCUUUUUCUUUUCUUUCUUCCCAUCCUGUUUUUUCCUUUUCUUUCCUCUUUCAUCCAUCCUGCUUUCUUCCUUCUCUUUUUCUUUUCUUUCUUCCCCAUCCUGCUUUCUUCCUUCUCUUUUUCUUUUUUUCUUUCAUCCUGCUUUUUCCAUCUUUUUCUUUCUUUUCUUUCUUCUCUUUUCUUUUCUUUUCAUCCCCAUCUUUUCCUUUUCUUUUUUUCUUUCUUCCCAUCCUGCUUUUUCUUCCUUCUCUUUUUCUUUUCUUCCCUUCUCUUUUCUUUCUUUCUUCAUCCUCUUUUCUUUUUUUCUUUUUCUUUCUUCCCCAUCCUGCUUUCUUCCUUCCUUUUUUUCUUCGCCAUUUUUCUUUCUUCAUUUCAUCUUUUCUUUUUUUUUUUCCUUUUUCUUUUUCUUUUCUUUCUUCCCCAUCCUGCUUUCUUCCUUCUCUUUUUCUUUUCUUUCUUCCCCAUCCUGCUUUCUUCCUUCUCUUUUUCUUUUCUUUCUUCCCCAUCCUGCUUUCUUCCUUCUCUUUUUCUUUUCUUUCUUCCCCAUCUUGUCUUUCUUUCUUCCUUCUCUUUUUUUCUUUUUUCUUUUCUUCCCUUCUCUUUUCUUUUCUUUUCAUCGCCAUCUUCUUUUUCUUUUUUCUUUUCUUUCUUUUCUUCUUCUUUUCUUUUCUUUUUCUUUUCUUCUUCUUUUUCUCUUUUUUUUCUUUCUUCCCCAUCCUGCUUUCUUCCUUCUCUUUUCUUUUCUUUCAUCGCCAUCCUGCUUUCUUCCUUCUCUUUUUCUUUUUCUUUCUUCCCCAUCCUGCUUUCUUCCUUCUUUCUUCUUUUCUUUUCUCUUUUUUUUUUUCCCAUCCUGCUUUCUUCCUUCUCUUUUUUCUUUCUUUCUUCCCCAUCCUGCUUUUUCUUCUUUUCCUUUUCUCUUUUUUUCUUUUUUUUCUUUCCCCAUCCUGCUUUUUCUUCCUUUUCUCUUUUCUUUUCUUUCAUCUUCUCUUUUCAUCUUUUUUUUCUUUCUUUUUCUUUUUUUUUUUCUUUCCCCAUCCUGCUUUCUUCCUUUCUUUUUUUCUUUUCUUUCUCUUUUCUUUUCUUUUCUUCAUUCUUUUUCCUUCUCUUUUUCUUUUUCUUUCUUCCCAUCCUGCUUUCUUCCUUCUCUUUUUUUUUUUCUUUUCAUCUUCCCAUCCUUUUCUUUUCCUUCUUUUUCUUUUUUUCUUCGCCAUUCUUUUUCUUCCUUCUCUUUUCUUUUUCUUUCUUCCCAUCCUGCUUUUCUUCCUUCUUUUUUUUCUUUUCCUUUUCUUCCCAUCCUGCUUUCUUUCUUGUCUUUUCUUUUCUUUUCUUCGCCAUCCUGCUUUUCUUCCUUCUCUUUUUCUUUUCUUUCUUCCCCAUCCUGCUUUCUUUCUUCUUUCUUUUCUUUUCUUUCAUCGCCUUCUCCUGCUUUCUUCCUUCUCUUCCCUUCUUUUUUCUUUUCUUUCUUCCCCAUCCUGCUUUCUUCCUUCUCUUUUUCUUUUCUUUCUUUCUUCCAUCUUUUCUUUCUUCAUUCUCUUUUUUUUUUUCUUUCAUCGCCAUCCUGUUUUCUUCCUUCUCUUUUUCUUUUCUUUCAUCACCAUCCUGCUUUCUUCCUUCUCUUUUUCUUUUCUUUCAUCGCCAUCCUGCUUUCUUCCUUCUCUUUUUCUUUUCUUUCUUCCCCAUCCUGCUUUCUUCCUUCUCUUUUUCUUUUCUUUCUUCCCCAUCCUGCUUUCUUCCUCUUUUUCUUUUCUUUCUUCGCCAUCCUGCUUUCUUCCUUCUCUUUCUUUUCUUUCCCCAUCCUGCUUUCUUCCUUCUUUUUUUUCUUUUCUUUCAGCCCAUCCUUUUGCUUUUCUUCCUUUCUUUUUCUUUUUAUUUCUUUCUUCCCCCAUCCUGCUUUCUUCCUUCUCUUUUUCUUUUCUUUUUCCCCAUCCUUCUUUUCUUUCUUCAUUCUCUUUUUUCUUUUCUUUUCUUUCCCAUCCUGCUUUCUUCCUUCUCUUUUCUUUUCUUUCUUCCCAUCCUGCUUUCUUCCUUCUCUUUUUCUUUUCUUUCUUUCGCCAUCCUUCUUUUCUUUCUUUCUUUCUUCCUUCUCUUUUCUUUUCUUUCUUCCCAUCCUGCUUUUCUUCCUUCUCUUUUCUUUUCUUUCUUCCCCAUCCUGCUUUCUUCCUUCUCUUUUUCUUUUCUUUCAUCGCCAUCCUGCUUUCUUCCUUCUCUUUUUCUUUUCUUUCAUCGCCAUCUUGCUUUCUUCCUUCUCUUUUUCUUUUCUUUCAUCGCCAUCUUGCUUUCUUCCUUCUCUUUUUCUUUUCUUUCUUCGCCAUCCUGCUUUCUUCCUUCUCUUUUUCUUUUCUUUUAUCGCCAUCUUGCUUUCUUCCUUCUCUUUUUCUUUUCUUUCAUCGCCAUCCUGCUUUCUUCCUUCUCUUUUUCUUUUCUUUCUUCCCCAUCCUGCUUUCUUCCUUCUCUUUUUCUUUUCUUUCAUCGCCAUCCUGCUUUCUUCCUUCUCUUUUUCUUUUCUUUCUUCCCCAUCCUGCUUUCUUCCUUCUCUUUUUCUUUUCUUUCAUCGCCAUCUUGCUUUCUUCCUUCUCUUUUUCUUUUCUUUCAUCGCCAUCCUGCUUUCUUCCUUCUCUUUUUCUUUUCUUUCAUCGCCAUCUUGCUUUCUUCCUUCUCUUUUUCUUUUCUUUCUUCCCCAUCCUGCUUUCUUCCUUCUCUUUUUCUUUUCUUUCUUCCCCAUCCUGCUUUCUUCCUUCUCUUUUUCUUUUCUUUUUCUUCUUCUUUUUUCCUUCUUUUUCCUUCUUUCUUUUUCUUUUCUUUCUUCUUCCCUUCUCUUUUCUUUUCUUUCUUCCUUCUCUUUUCUUUUCUUUUUCUUCCCCAUCCUGCUUUCUUCCUUUCUUUUUUUUUUUCUUUUGCUUUCUUCCCCAUCCUGCUUUUUUUCUUCUUCUUUUUUUUCUUUUUUUCUUCGCCAUCCUGCUUUCUUCCUUCUCUUUUCUUUUUCUUUUCUUCCCCAUCCUUCUUUCUUCCCAUCCUCUUUUUCUUUUCUUUCAUCCCCAUCCUGCUUUUUCCUUUUUUUCUUCUUUUUCUUUCUUUUUCAUCUUUUUCUUUUCUUUCUUCCCCUUCUCUUUUCUUUUCUUUUCUUUUCGCCAUCCUGCUUUCUUCCUUCUCUUUUUUUUUCUUUCUUCCCCAUCCUUCUUUUCUUCCUUCUCUUUUCUUUUUUUUCUUUUUCUUUUUCUUUUUCUUUUCUUUCAUCGCCAUCCUUCUCUUUUCUUCCUUCUCUUUUUUUUUUUUUUUUUCAUCCCAUCUUGCUUUCUUCCUUCUCUUUUCUUUUUUUCUUUCAUCCUGCUUUCUUCCUUCUCUUUUUUUUCUUCUCGCCAUCCCUUUCUUCCUUCUUUUUUUUUUUUUCUUUUUCUUUCUUCCCCAUCCUGCUUUCUUCCUUCUCUUUUCUUUUUUUCUUUUCUUUCUUCUCUUUUCUUUUUUUUUCAUCCCUUCUCUUUUUCUUUUAUUUUUCAUCCUUUCUUCUCUUUUCUUUUCUUUUCUUUCUUCCCCAUCCUGCUUUCUUCCUUCUCUUUUUCUUUUCUUUCUUCCCCAUCCUGCUUUCUUCCUUCUCUUUUUCUUUUCUUUCAUCGCCAUCCUGCUUUCUUCCUUCUCUUUUUCUUUUCUUUCUUCCCCAUCCUGCUUUCUUCCUUCUCUUUUUCUUUUCUUUCAUCGCCAUCUUGCUUUUCUUCAUUCUCUUUUCUUUUCUUUCUUCCCCAUCCUGUUUUCUUCCUUCUUUUUUCUUUUUCUUUUUCUUUUCAUCACCAUCCUGCUUUCUUCCUUCUCUUUUUCUUUUCUUUCAUCGCCAUCCUGCUUUCUUCCUUUUCUUUCUUUUUCUUUUCUUUCUUCCCAUCCUUUUCUUUUUCUUCCUUCUCUUUUUCUUUUUUCUUCAUCCCAUCCUGCUUUCUUCCUUCUUUCUUCAUCUUGCUUUCUUUUUCUUUUCUUUCUUUUCCCAUCCUGCUUUUUUCUUCCUUCUCUUUUCUUUUCUUUCUUCCCCAUCCUGCUUUCUUCCUUCUCUUUUCUUUUUUUUUUCAUCCUCUUCCAUCUUUUUCUUUUUCUUUUCAUCUUUUUUUCCUUCUUUUUCUUUUCUUUCUUCGCCAUCCUCUUUUUUCUUCUUCUUUUUCUUUUCUUUCUUUUUUUCUUCCUUCUUCUUUUUCUUUUCUUUCUUCCCCAUCCUUUUCUUUUUCUUUUUUUCUUUUUUUCUUCGCCAUCUUUUCUUUCUUCCUUCUCUUUUCUUUUUCUUUUCUUCCCCAUCCUGCUUUCUUCCUUCUCUUUUUCUUUUCUUUCAUCGCCAUCUUGCUUUCUUCCUUCUCUUUUUCUUUUCUUUCAUCGCCAUCCUGCUUUCUUCCUUCUCUUUUCUUCCUUCUCUCUUUUCUUUUCUUUCAUCCCAUCCUGCUUUCUUCCUUCUCUUUUUUUUCUUUUCUUUCAUCGCCAUCCCUCUUUCUUUUCCUUCUCUUUUCUUUUUCUUUCAUCGCCAUCCUGCUUUCUUCCUUCUUUCUUUUUCUUCUUUUUCCUUUCAUCGCCAUCUUGCUUUCUUCCUUCUCUUUUUCUUUUCUUUCAUCGCCAUCCUGCUUUCUUCCUUCUCUUUUUCUUUUCUUUCUUCCCCAUCCUGCUUUCUUCCUUCUCUUUUUCUUUUCUUUCAUCGCCAUCCUGCUUUCUUCCUUCUCUUUUUCUUUUCUUCCAUCGCCAUCCUGCUUUCUUUCUUGUGUUUUUUUUUUUUCGCCAUCUUGUUUUCUUCCUUCUCUUUUCUUUUCUUCUUUCUUUCUUUUUUUUCCUUUCUGCUUCAUUUUAUCUUUUCUUUUCUUUUUUUUUUUUGUUUAUUCUUCUUUUUUUUUUUUAUCCUUUUCAUCACAUUUUAUUCCUCCCUUACUUUUCUUUUUUCUUGUUUUCUUAUUAUUUUCUUCUUAACAUCAAUCGCUUCCCUGUUACGCCUGGAAAAGGUCAAAGUAUACGAAGGGUAUUUGAGACAAAAGGUCAUAUCUGCCGAUUUUACAGCAAUGCAUAUAGCGAUCUAUCUAUCUAUCUAUCUAUCUAUCUAUCUAUCUAUCUCAUUCUUUCAUUUUUUCUUUUAUUUUAUCUUUCCCUUUUUUCAAGUUCAGCACCAUUUAUUCUUCUUUCAUUUUUUUUUUUGUCUUUUCUUUCUUUUAACUUAUUCAGACAUUUGUAUUCAUUUUUUGUUCCUUGCUUAUCUACUUCCUCUUUACUUUUACUUUUUAUUCUUUUACUUUUUUGGUUAUUUUUCUUCUUUAAAUUCCAUUUUCCUUUCUUCCUAAUUCAUACUUCAUUUUUUUUUUAUCUAUCUUUCUUUUUCUUUUUUGAAUCUUUUCUUCCUUUCUUUGCUAUUUUUUCUUUUACUUCUCUUUUCCCUACGUCCAGGAUAACAAUAACGGCAGAGAGAAUUUUUGUUUGUUUUUUCUGUAUUUUUCUUCAUACUGUCGGAUCUAUAUCCAUAUAUUUGCUUACAUACUAUCUAUCUAUCUAUCUAUCUAUCUAUCUAUCUGUCUAUCUAUCUAUCUAUCUAUCUAUCUAUCUAUCUAUCUGUCUAUCUAUCUAUCUAUCUAUCUAUCUAUGGUUAUCCCUAUCUAUCUAUCUAUCUAUCUGUCUGUCUAUCUAUCUAUCUGUCUGUCUAUCUAUCUAUCUAUCUGUCUAUCUAUCUAUCUGUCUGUCUAUCUAUCUAUCUGUCUAUCUAUCUGUCUAUCUAUCUAUCUAUCUAUCUAUGGUUAUCCCUAUCUAUCUGUCUAUCUAUCUGUCUAUCUGUCUAUCUAUCUAUCUAUCUAUCUGUCUAUCUAUCUAUCUAUCUAUCUGUCUAUCUAUCUGUCUAUCUGUCUAUCUAUCUAUCUAUCUGUCUAUCUAUCUAUCUAUCUAUCUAUCUAUCUAUCUAUCUAUCUAUGGUUAUCCCUAUCUAUCUAUCUAUCUAUCUAUCUAUCUAUCUAUCUAUCUAUCUAUCUAUCUAUCUAUCUAUCUAUGGUUAUCCCUAUCUAUCUAUCUAUCUAUCUAUCUAUCUAUCUGUCUAUCUAUCUAUCUAUCUAUCUAUCUAUCUGUCUAUCUAUCUAUCUAUCUGUCUGUCUAUCUAUCUAUCUAUCUAUCUAUCUAUCUGUCUAUCUAUCUAUCUAUCUAUCUAUCUAUCUAUCUAUCUAUCUAUCUAUCUAUCUAUCCCAGUCCUUAUCUAUCUAUCUAUCUAUCUAUCUAUCUAUCUAUCUAUCUCAGUGUGUAUUCUGUCUGA